AUGUCCAUGAUCGUCACGCGCUCACCUCUGGAACCGAUCGGGAUGAACGGCGCGGGAGUACAGCAGUCGAAGCGGAGAAGCGCGCGCUUGAGCGAAGAGGGGAGGGAGGACAAUGAACCGCUUGUUAAGAAGAGCAAGGUUGGCGGCGCGCAGACGACGAGCGUGAGUACGAAGGAGACAGAUGGUGGCGCGGCGGUUGGGACGAGGAAGAAGCGGAAAGUAUACGAGGAGAAAGAGGAUGACUUCUCAUUUUCGAGAAGCAAGAAGGCGAAGCCCAGCGCAAAGCCUGCUGUGCGAAAUUCCACGUCUGACCAGACAUCGCCCGCGAAAAAGCCGCCACCCCCGGAGCCAGCGUCAGCGCCAACGCCAGCGCCAGCUCACGCUACUGAACCAGAGCCAAAACCGACGCAGAAGAAACAGCGAAGAAGACUGCCAACCACUCCCGAACGCGAAAAGCCUACACGGCGCAGCAAGCGACUGUCGAGCGAGAAUGAACAGGCCCAGCAGACCCAGCAGGCCUCACCUCACAAACCAGCGCAUGCAAAGUCCCACGCACGACAGGAACGAUCGCCGAGUCCGUUCAAUGCGCGACCGGUUACCAUUGAGAAGAAACGGAAGAAGGGCACAGAUGGCGUUGAGGAGGAGAAGAUUAUGCGCAUACAAUUGCCUUUCGCCGACACGCCGGUCAUCAAGCGGAACAAGGAGAUGCGCAAGAGCAGUGCGGAGGGACACCGGCGGAGCAGCUCUGGUAUGAGAGGGAAGAGAGCAAGCAGCUUGAUCGACGAAGGUCGAGGAAAUGGUGAGUUGAGCACGAUUUUGUCGGAGCCGUUGUCGCAGAUGGAUUCUUUGUUGCCGCGUUCACACACAUUGCCCACCCGGUCUACCUUAUCCAACGGCGCACAACCGAUCGUUGAGGCGACUGUACGAACAUCCGGUCCAACGACGCCUCCAACAAGCGACGACAUUCGUUCCCGAUCUCCUUACAGUGUCAGAUUCCAGAAUGCGCUCCAGAACAUGUUCGCUAACGAACCGAUCUUUUAUGAUUCAGCUUUACCGCAUUCCGAAGUGGCCUCUGCAGAGUUCUUCAAGCAUAUAUCUGCAGAGCUUACCGAACCUCGACGAAUGCGAUGUCUCCUUGGAUGGUGUGGCACAAGAGCACUACUGCCGAAGCCGGAAGCGCCGAAGGACAGUACACCAGCGUCGAGUGCUGAGUUUCAGGCGCAGCAAGCGGCUCGAGUCAUCCAAGAAGAACUGGCCUCAGAUCUGGUUACCAAAGGUAUACUUAGCGACUGGUUCUCGAGAGACGACGAUGUGCCUCCAGUCGCGCCUCUGCAAAAACGACCGAAUCCGCGAAACAUAGCCAAUGCUGCGAAGGCAGAGGAACUCGAACGUGAGCUCGAAAGACUUAAGAAGGGACGAGCCUCAUGGGAUGAACUCCUCGCCUCAGCCGCAACAACAGCCCCCUCUCCCUCAAAAAGCGAUAAGCCAGAAGAUGGCCAUUUAUCACCUCUCAACCCCGACCUCCUCGAUACUCCACAACGCGCCAUCCUCGAACAGCUCCAAGCGCCCACAGCAGAGCAGCCUUCACCCAAAGACCCGACUACCAUACAACACCGCUUGCAGCAAAUCUCGCAGAAUCUGGAGUUCACCGUUGAUCAAUUUGCCCAUGGAGUGCAUGCACUUAGCACGACGAAGGCGACUGCAGAUCGCUUGGCCGAGCGGUCGCUAGAUGAGGCGGCGAGUGUGCUUCAGGAGCGGGAGCAAGAGCAGAGGGCCAAGGGGCAGGGAGUGGGUGCUUUGGAUGCGUUGAGAGGAUUGGCUAGGGUAUUGAAUCGGCCGCAGAGAUGA